AUGGCGUCGUCUACUGGGAAUGGUAUUCUGAACGGUCUUGUUGCUAGAAGCAGUUCUGGCCCUGGAAAUAGUCUUCAAAAUGGAGCUAGUUUAAGCUCUUUUUCUUCUGCAGAUCAAGCAAGAAAUGGAUUGGUAGAUACUGAAUUCUUAAUUGUCGGUGCUGGGCCGGCAGGGGCGUCACUGGCAUGUUUUCUCGGAAGUUACGGACUGAAAGGGCUCAUGAUAAGUGCUGCCCCUGGAACUGCAAACACACCUCGUGCACAUAUUACAAACAUGGCGGCUAUGGAGUGUCUACGAGACAUAGGACUUGAUGAAGAACUUGAAGCUUUGUCUUCCAAGGGAAAUUGCAUGGUUCACACAAGAUGGUGUCAUAGCAUGGCAGGUGAAGAAUACGCCAGAAUUCAUUCCUGGGGCAAUUCACCGAGCAGAAAGGGUGACUAUGAGAAUGCAAGCCCAUGCUCCCCAGUUGAUCUGCCUCAAACUCUCCUGGAACCCGCUUUAGUUCGUCGUGCUAUACUUAAAGGAUUCAAGACCCGGUUCAACACAUCUUUUCUCUCAUUUGAGAGAGAAGCAGAAAGCGGAUCAAUUAUAGCUACCGUCCGCGACGACAUCUCAAAUUCCGAGUAUCAAGUGCGUACAAAAUAUCUUUUUGGGGCUGACGGUGCCCGUAGCAAGAUAGUUAAGCAGCUGGAUCUUCCUCUCUCGGUUAAACCUGGUCAGGGGGUGGCCAUCAAUGUUCUCGUCAGAGCUGAUCUGUCACAUCUCGUUGAACAUCGACGGGGAAAUCUCCACUGGGUGAUGCAGCCCGACAAAGAACACCCAGAAUUUGGGUGGAUGGGCAUCGUGCGGAUGGUCAAGCCAUGGCAUGAGUGGAUGUUCAUUUUGUUUCCCAACCGGGACUGCGAUCAUAAUAUACAGCCAUCAAGAGAAGCAUAUCUAUCGAGGGUUCGCGACUUCAUCGGGGAUGACACUCCGGCAGAAAUCCUUGACGUUUCUAAAUGGUUCAUUAACGAGAUUGUAGCCGAGCAGUAUUCGCAAGGAAACGUUUUCUGCCUUGGCGAUGCAGUUCAUCGGCACCCACCCAUGAACGGUCUCGGAUCUAACACUUGUAUCCAGGAUGCGUUCAAUCUCGCCUGGAAGGUGGCAUAUGUCCACCACGGUCUCGCAUCACCCUCGCUGCUAGACAGCUACAGCAUCGAACGUCAGCCCGUCGGACGUUCCAUUAUCACCCGUGCGAAUCAAGCGUUUCGUGACCAUUUUAAUGUCUGGAAUGCUCUCGGCACCUUGCCGGAGAAGGUCGAGGAUCGCCAAAAGGUUCUGAAUACAUUAAGUGAUGCAACUCCAGAAGGGCGAAAGCAGCGCCGCGCCUUUCAAGAUGCCAUCACUCAGACUUCGCAUGAGUUUCAUGGUCUCGGUGUUGAAAUGGGCCAGGUUUACACCGGUCCAGGCAUCUAUAACGAACAAGAACAACAGCCUUACGUUCGUUCUGGCGCCGCCGCCAAGGACGACGUGCUGUACUACAGUCCCAGUACCUACCCAGGAUGUCGGGUACCUCAUGUGUGGCUGAAUAAAGCAAUACCCACGGCGCCAACAUCGACGAUUGAUCUUACUGGACAUGGGGAGUUUACUAUCUUCACCGGCGUUGGUGGAAAUGGUUGGAAACAGGCAGCAGAGGCCGUUGCCACUCAGCUUGGUGUAUCGAUUAAUGUCCAUUCCAUUGGGUUCCGCCAGGACUGGGAGGAUGUCUACUUCGAGUGGGAAAACGUGCGAGGCGUGGAUGAGUCCGGUGCCAUUUUAGUCAGACCAGACCGGUUCGUCGCAUGGAGAUCACAGUCGCAACCGGAUAAUGAAACAUGCAAGUUGAAUUUGUUGGAAGUCAUGAAAUCGAUUCUGGGGCACAGAACCUGA